CUCUCUGAUUUGCUUAACUGCAGCAAAAGUCAAUUUUUUUUUUCUUUUUCUUCCAAAAUUUGCUUUACUCUGACAAUCAAAAUUCCACUAAGAAUAGGAAAAAAGUCAUAGCUGUGGUAUGGAGCAGAAAGGUAAGUAUCAUCCUUAAUAUUCCUUUGUAUAUUUUCAUACUAGGCCAGUACUUAGAGAAACUAUGACAUAGUUAAAAUGUGAAUUCAGCAUCAUUCCUCUCUCUUUUCAGCAGUUUCUUUUUCCAAGGCCCUCCAGAUGACCUCAAUGAAUCAUAAUGGUGAAAAGAACAUAAAAAUAUUUUUGCCUAAAUGUAUCACUUUAUAGAUGUGGAAAAUGGGACUCUGUGAGAAGGAUGAAUUUGUAUAGGAUAAGGUAACCAGCCAUAACUCAAACUGGUCUUUUCUAGUUUAGUUCUCUCUAGUUGGUCUAGGAAGCCUCCUGGCACUUCAGUUUUCUUACUGUAAAAUGGGGAUGAUAAUAAUAGUAUCUACCUCAUAGGGUAGUCUUGAGUAUUACAUGAGAGUAGAACACUUAGAACAAUGCUUGGGCUAUGGAAAGUUUCCAAUACUUGUUUGCUGUUAUUAUCAUUAUUAUACUUCCACAUUCUGCCAGCAGGCUGCCCAAGGUGCACACACUAAUGGAAAUACCCCAUUUGGGGACCAUGCUGCUGUCUUCCAUUCUCAAAACAAGUCACUAUAAAAAUUUCCUCUUGUGGCAUUCUAUUCCCCAGGGCACUGUUUCUCUGCUGGGUGACACUGGAAGGGUAAUUGAUUUUAUUCAGAUAGAUGAACUCCAUGUUAAAAUAUUGCUUAAUGUUACCAUUGCCUAGUAAUAAUACCUUAACUCAGUGAAAAUGUAUGCGCCUCCAUAAACCUUAAAGGGCUGACUUUAAUGGGACGACUUCAUAUUUACCUGGUAGGUGAGUGGGUAAGUCGUUUUUCAUCAAACAAGUCUUUUGUCUUACCUUGAGGUACUGCCUUCUCUGCUAGAAUGCAUGGGGCCAGCCAAGCAUCCUCAUCACUCUCACCUCUAAUUUCUGGAAAACGAAUACCAGUUACGAAGUGGGUGAGCAUUUAUGAUUUAGAGACCAUUUUUUUCCUUUGUUAAGGUCAGGUGAAUGGAACUUGAGCAGUGAAGAAAAACUAGUCCUCACUUCUGAUCAUUUAAUGGAUAAAAAAUUAAUUCUGAGAGUGUGAUGGAAAGAAGUACUACCUGUCACUGAGGAAAAAUACUGUAUAGGGCAUGCCCCACCCUGAAUCUCAGGAACCCUGAGAACCAGGUUUGAAAUAGCGCCUGGUGGUGGCCUCACCUAGAAGGAAGUUUGACGGACCCUUCUGUGAUGUCGCUUGCAAUCAUCUUGGGCAUGGAUUCCCCCAGUCCUUGGUUCCUCUCUUCCUCUGUCCUCCCUCCCUGACUCCCAACUUCAUACCUGGUCCUGUUCUUCCAGAGCAUUCUACUUUACUGACAUUGUGCAUGACCUAGGGGAACCCUGACAGUGAGUUGCAGCUUUGUGGAGCUGAAACUUUGUCACCAUCCACAGCCGCCCAGCCAGCCCCCAGGAGGGACUCUCUUGAGUAGCGUGUGGCAUUGAACUGAAGAAACUUACCUCCUCACUGUUGCUAUGGAGUCCCCAACCAAGGAGAUUGAAGAAUUUGAGAGCAACUCUCUGAAAUACCUGCAACCGGAACAGAUCGAGAAAAUCUGGCUUCGGCUUCGCGGGCUGAGGAAAUAUAAGAAAACGUCCCAGAGAUUACGGUCUUUGGUCAAACAAUUAGAGAGAGGGGAAGCUUCAGUGGUAGAUCUUAAGAAGAAUUUGGAAUAUGCAGCCACAGUGCUUGAAUCUGUGUAUAUUGAUGAAACAAGGAGACUCCUGGAUACAGAGGAUGAGCUCAGUGACAUUCAGUCAGAUGCUGUGCCUUCUGAGGUCCGAGACUGGCUGGCCUCCACCUUCACACGGCAGAUGGGGAUGAUGCUCAGGAGGAGCGAGGAGAAACCCCGCUUCAAGAGCAUCGUUCACGCGGUGCAGGCUGGGAUAUUUGUGGAGAGAAUGUAUAGGCGGACAUCAAACAUGGUUGGACUGAGCUAUCCACCAGCUGUUAUUGAGGCAUUAAAGGAUGUGGACAAGUGGUCCUUUGAUGUCUUUUCCCUGAAUGAGGCCAGUGGAGAUCAUGCACUGAAAUUUAUUUUCUAUGAACUACUCACACGCUAUGAUCUGAUCAGCCGUUUCAAGAUCCCCAUUUCUGCACUUGUCUCAUUUGUGGAGGCCCUGGAAGUGGGAUACAGCAAGCACAAAAAUCCUUACCAUAACUUAAUGCACGCUGCCGAUGUUACACAGACAGUGCAUUACCUCCUCUAUAAGACAGGAGUGGCGAACUGGCUGACGGAGCUGGAGAUCUUUGCUAUAAUCUUCUCAGCUGCCAUCCAUGACUACGAGCAUACCGGAACCACCAACAAUUUCCACAUUCAGACUCGGUCUGAUCCAGCUAUUCUGUACAAUGACAGAUCUGUACUGGAGAAUCACCAUUUAAGUGCAGCUUAUCGCCUUCUGCAAGAUGACGAGGAAAUGAAUAUUUUGGUUAACCUCUCAAAGGAUGACUGGAGGGAGUUUCGAACCUUGGUAAUUGAAAUGGUGAUGGCCACGGAUAUGUCUUGUCACUUCCAACAAAUCAAAGCAAUGAAGACUGCUCUGCAGCAGCCAGAAGCCAUUGAAAAGCCAAAAGCCUUAUCCCUUAUGCUGCAUACGGCAGAUAUUAGCCAUCCAGCAAAAGCGUGGGACCUCCAUCAUCGCUGGACAAUGUCACUCCUGGAGGAGUUCUUCAGACAGGGUGACAGAGAAGCAGAACUGGGGCUACCUUUUUCUCCACUGUGUGACCGAAAGUCCACUAUGGUUGCUCAGUCACAAGUAGGUUUCAUUGAUUUCAUCGUGGAACCCACCUUCACUGUGCUUACGGACAUGACCGAGAAGAUUGUGAGUCCAUUAAUUGAUGAAACCUCUCAAACUGGUGGGACAGGACAGAGACGUUCAAGUUUGAAUAGCAUCAGCUCAUCAGAUGCCAAGCGAUCAGGUGUCAAGAGCUCUGGUUCGGAGGGAAGUGCCCCAAUCAACAGUUCUGUCAUUCCCAUUGACUAUAAGAGCUUUAAAGCUACUUGGACCGAGGUGGUGCACAUCAAUCGGGAGAGAUGGAGGGCCAAGGUACCCAAAGAGGAGAAGGCCAAGAAGGAAGCAGAGGAAAAGGCUCGCCUGGCCGCAGAGGAGCAGCAAAAGGAAAUGGAAGCCAGAAGCCAGGCUGAAGAAGGCGCAUCUGGCAAAUCUGAGAAAAAGACGUCUGGAGAAGCUGAGAAUCAAGUCAGUGGAACACGGAUGAACAAAAGUGACAUCCCUCGUGGGAAAAAUUCCAAAGCUGAGAAGUCGUUAGAACAGCAACAGAAUGGUGACUUGAAAGAUGGUAAAAAUAAGACAGACAAGAAGGAUCACUCUAACAUCGGAAAUGAUUCAAAGAAAACAGAUGGCAUAAAACGGCGCUCUCACAGCUCACCAGCCCCAAGCACCAGCUCCACGAGUCGCCUUACAUUGCCAGGAAGUCUUCUGCAGUUUCCUUGGAGGAGUCUCAUCUUGCUGGAAGGAACUGCUACUGAAGAUUUCUAUGAUUCAUUCCCAGUGAUGUUUGCGGUUGUGUGUAUCAGUAAAGGAGCAGCCAGAGAAACAGAAACCAUUCUGCAUAUGAGACAAAAGAAAUUUAAUACAGGAUGUUGGUGGCAUGGAAGAUGAAAGAUCUGAGAAGCCCAGUGGGGGAUGUUGGGGCAAGCCAGCUAUUAGCAACAACACAAAGCCACCACCAACACUAAAGCUUGGGUGAUUUCAAAGAGGGAGUUAAUUCUGAUGAAAUCUACAUUAGCCUCCAGGAGUAGGCUCUAGGUUGAGCCUCCAGAAAUGACUCCCAGAAAUCAUAGAACUGACCUUUGCACAAAUCUGGAAGAAGGGAAUCAAAAGGCCAAGACUGCAACUAUUGAAUUCAAGGAUGUACCACUGUAGCUAUGAUCCAAGAUCAGGAAAUCAUGAUUGCAAAUUGGCUGCAGCCACCAAAUCAACAACAUCUUGACAGCUCUGAAGUUGGUGACCAAAGCCUGGCACAGAGCCCAGCUACUGCUGCCAGUGCACCAGUGCAACUGCCCCCUCCACCACUCAGGCAGGUGGGCAACCAGUGGGGCUCUCCAUUGUCUUGCUUGAUGCAGAAAACAGCCCAAAGUAGCAAGCUUAAGCCUUUUUGCCACCUUCUAAAUCCCAU